UCAUCAAGCUCUUUAUCGUGAGGAAAAUCAAGGUUCUGGAGUGAUUGACUUGGGGAAAUCAAAUUUAUCUGGUAUUUCUGGAGUCCUAGAUUGCCGAAGUGAUCAAGAGCCUGAAUCAAUGAGAGCAGAGGGGACAUCAGCUGCAUUUAGUGUUGGUCUUCCAGUAGAGGAUAUGUGCAACAAACAACCAUCAACGAGGAUGCAGUUUUUUGGACAAAAUGUUUUCGUCAGUGAUCAAGAAGAUUCAAUGAUUAUUGAUGAUACUUUAGUUGUGGAUAGUGUUUCUACAUCAGGGCGAAAAUGUAGGAGAAAGAGGAAGAGUGGAGAGUGUUCUAUGAGUGCAGGUGGACAUAGUAAUAAAAGAAUACAUAUUGGUUCAAUAGUUAAUACAAUGGAAAGUUGUGGAAUGGUCAGUGAAGCUGAUGGUGGUGCUGAAUUGAGUGAUGACCAUUUAUUAGGUAAUAUUUAUUCAUUUCUUUUCAUUCUUGGUGACUUUGUUAUCAAUGUAAUGACUUAUUAAAGUUUCAUGUAUUUGGUAUUGGGCUCUUUUGUAGAUGAUGAUCAAACUGUUAGCUCAAGUGUUUGUGGCCAGGCUUUAUAUCAGAGAAACAAAAAAGGUUAUAUAUUUCCUGUUAUUUAAAUCUUUUUCUAAGUAGUCGAUUUUUAAAAAAAAAUUGGUUUAAAUUCUUUCUGUGUAGGCGGCUUAGUUGAAUAUCAUGAUGAUGGUGAUGACACAUAUCAGUGCACUUAUUGUGACGCCAAUUUUUGGUGUGGGGAAUCUCUGAAACGCAGAUCUACAAGAGAUCCUAUUGUUUAUACUGGUUGUUGCAAGAAAGGUCGUGUUAUACUUGAGCCGCCUAGACAAACUCCUGCAUUGCUUGAUAAUCUUCUAAAUCGAAUCAAUGGUCGAGAAAUUUCAUCAUUUAGAGAUAAUAUUCGUGUUUACAACUCCAUGUUUGCUUACACGUCAAUGGGUGCAAAGAUUGAUUAUAGUAUAAAUAAUGGGACUGCACCUUAUGUCUUCAAAAUUUGUGGUCAAGUGCAUCAUCUUAUGGGUUCUAUGUUGCCGCAAGAGGGUGAAAUUCCGAAAUACGCCUAGUUGUACAUCUAUGAUACACAAAAUGAAGUGAAUAACAGAAUGAAUAUUUUGACUAAUGCUAAUACUGGAAAAGUUAAA